ACUUCUCCACAUCUUCUUUAUCGUUCCAAAUCUCUACAAUUCGCUGUUUCUGUGUGAUAAUCACAAUUCGACAUUCACUCACUCAUUCAAUUCCCUAUGUAUCCUUCCAUCUCUCUUUUUUCUCUUGAUUUAUAAAUUCUUUCGUGGAAUCUUUCGCCCAACAAAAAAUCUACAACCUCCAUAGAAGAACAUCGCUAUGGCCAUGAAAGCUGUUAAAUCCUGUGGAAUUCUUUCCGUUUGGGCAGCCAAAAAUACUCCUCCGUCUAUGGAUCCCUCUGAUCGGGUUUGUCCUCUCCUUUUAUAUCAUUCGGUUUCAGUUUUAUGGAGAUAUAUAUUUGAUAAUAAUCAUCAAUCAUUACAGAAUUUGAGAUUUCAACAUGCAUCGACUGGAGUCGUAGAUGUUUUCUUCACAGAAAGUCUCAGUAAAGUAGGAGGUGGAAAGAUAAGAUUAAGAAGCUUGAUGUUGAGCUCAGCGAAAAAUAGACCUGGUACUUCUCUAGAAGAUGUCGAAGCCAGUGUAAUGAAAUGUCUGAAGCAGAACAAAAACUUCAUUUUGAUUAUUAGCUAUGGUGGUUGGUAAGUUUCCUUCCGGUUUCAAAGUUGGCAUCUACAAGUAAAGAAGCAGAAGGCCAAAAGUUCCCAGAAUCCCAGAUUAUCAGCUACUUCCCAAAUGUUGACAAUCUAGCUGAUGCCUACAAUGAGCAAAGUCAGAGCUGAAUUACUCCCAUGCCAGAUUCAGUUCCUCUGUCCUGAGCGAUGAAUCAGCAAGAAGGUGAAGUUCCAACCAGGAAAAAGGGAAAUAGCUGAUGAUGUUCCAAAGAUAGAGAAUCUAAAGAUUGCAGAAAAGAUGGAGGAGCUGAACAAAACAAAAGAGUGAUGUCAGGCUUGAAGUACAAACGAACCUAAUCGGGUGAUGUUCUAAAGAUAGAAGAUUUAUCUACGCUACAUGUAUCUAUAUUUUUAUUAUUUAGUUUUGUUAGCUAAAACUUUAAAUAUGAUCUCCCUAAUUUGGUUUUGUAUGCUAUUUCUGUUUUAUGGGAUUUCUUCUCGAAUUCAAUAAAACCUAUUUAAAAC